AUGAAGCACUGUUUUUACAAUGAGACCGUGGAAUUCUUCUACAACAACAGCCGCAAAGAGCUGACCACUUACUGGAGGACGAAGGACGUGCUGGUGGUCGCCCUGGGCCUGACAGUGAGUGUCAUUGUGCUCCUGACCAACCUGCUGGUCAUCACCGCUAUCAUCAUCAACCGGCGGUUCCACUACCCCAUCUACUACCUGCUGGGGAAUUUGGCAGCUGCCGACCUCUUUGCUGGCAUCGCGUACAUGUUUCUCAUGUUCCACACCGGCCCCAGGACAGGGAAGCUCUCCCUGAAGACCUGGUUCAUCCGUCAGAGCCUGCUGGACACCAGUUUGACAGCCUCCGUGGUGAACCUGCUGGCCAUCGCCGUUGAAAGGCACCAGACUGUGUUUACCAUGCAGUUACACAGCAAAAUGUCCAACCAGCGUGUGAUGAUACUCAUCUUCUGCAUCUGGGUCACGGCCCUGCUCCUGGGGCUCAUCCCGUCCUACGGCUGGCACUGCCUCUGCGCCCUGGAGAAGUGCUCCAGCAUGGCACCGCUCUACAGCAGGAGCUACCUGACCUUCUGGGCCAUCUCCAACCUGGUCAUCUUCCUGAUCAUGGUAGUUGUGUACACGCACAUCUUCAUCUAUGUCAAAAGGAAGAUGACGCGGAUGUCCAAGCACACCAGCUUCCACCCCCGCUACAAGGAGACCAUGAUCAGCCUUGUCAAGACGGUCACUAUUAUCCUGAGUGCUUUUGUCAUCUGCUGGACCCCAGGACAAGUCGUGCUCCUCCUGGAUGGUUUGGGCUGCAAGAGCUGCAACGUUCUGGCGGUGGAGAAAUACGUCCUUUUGCUGGCAGAGAUCAACUCGUUGAUAAACGCUAUCGUCUACUCUUACAGGGACAACGAGAUGCGUAACACCUUCCGGAGGAUCCUCUGCUUUGUCUGUUACAGGAAUUCCAAAUACACCCCCACGGUGGUGAAGUUAAACACCACAGACCGCAGAACACUUUCGCAGAACGGGCACUUCACUGUGGACUCCUCUAUUUAG